UAUAUAGUGGUGGCAGGCCUUACGGAGAAAGCGUUAUAGAAGAAGUGAACCAACUCCUUUUGUUCAUAACCCCCCCGGUCAAACAUGUGGACUCCCCUGCUGUAAUGGUAGUCUGCUAGCCAGCCUACAAGGAGCACAUGGCCACCGACCAGCCUGUAUAUCAAUUCCUUUAGAGAACCCAUUCAGUUUUGGCGGGAAUUUGGGAAAACGUACACCAAAAUUAAAAGGAAGUAUCCAAAUGUAUCCCAGUAUUCCAGAGGAGCAUGUAUCCAAAGCGAAGUCAUAUGCCUCGUUGCCAAGUCGCCGCAAACCAGCUGCAAAGUACUUAGGGAGUGUUCCAAAACUUUUAACCUCUGGGACAGGUAGUGUGAAAGAAAGAGGAAUAAAGUGGCAUUGGCCAAUACAAAACAAUUUAUACACCCCUCCUGUUACAUCUCAUCCUCUAUUCAACAGACAAAUGGAUAAUGGUACAUUAUCAGAAAGUCCUGAAAUCUCAUCCCUAGGAAGUGCAUCACCAACUCCAAGUGACUCAAACAGUAAAAUGUUAUUCUACUCUUCGGAAAAGACAAAACCACAGUCAGGUCUCACAGUUUCAGCUUUGCAACAUCAUACAAUACCUGAUAUCAUAGUAUCUUCAGAAGAUCAUAUGCAUAACCCUUAUAUGCAGUAUCACACAAGUGUUGAUGAUACGUCAUACCAACACUUCACAGCUGAUAAAUCUUGGGUACACCAUGUUAACCCGCAACCAAAAAGUGCUCAAAUUAAUCACCAAAGUCUGUACAAUAGACCAUAUUCAUAUCUAUACAAUGAGGGGAGUGCAAUUAGAAGGGUUCCUUUUCCAACUAUACAUGAAGUACCAAGCAAUUUGAACUCCCCGACCAAUUCCCUUUCCUCACAAUCUUCCAUCCAAUCAAAAUCAUCCAUUGGCUUCACUCCUUUUUGGUCAACAAAACCUGUUCAAAUAAGGACAACAGUGGACCUACAUUGGCCAGGACCACAAGAGCAAAACUCUGAUUCUGAAACUGAGAUUAUGUGUAAUUUUCCGCCACACCCUACCCCAAAUAAACAACAGGAACUAGGAUCAAUGAGAUCCCUUCCGCCGCUCUCAUCUACAAAUGUGAAUCAUUCAACUCAACAGGAAUUGAACGUGCAACCAGCUAACUCCACAGAAACUCAAACAAAAACACUUACUUCUAAUGAGACACCGGAUCAAAUGCCCAUAAUAGGGAAUAAUAUCCAUCCAUAUACAUCUGCUUUAAAAAGAACUCAACCAAUUUCACAAAAUAUAACACAAAGUCAAAUGAACACACCCACAUUGAACAAAACACAACCAGGGGUACCUACAUUGAAUCAUGCAAGUGUACAACCAAAUGUACCCACAUUGAAUCAAUAUAUACCCACACUGAAUCAAGUACAAUCAAAUCUAUCCUCAUUAAAACAUACUCAAUCAAAUGUACCCACAUUGAAACAGACUCAAGUAAACAUCCCCAAUAAAGAACAAACACAACUGAAUGGCCCCACAUUGAAACAACUUCCAACUAAGCUCAACACAAAGGAAGAAAUCGAUGUGGUCAACAAGUUAAUAGAAUCUAAGUUCAAAACCCUCCAACCAAGAUCUGAGAAUGAAAUUCAGAUGAACAAUAAUGAUAUUAUUCCAGUUAAAAUACCAUUCAAGAAACAAAAUGAGAUCCCCGAUGUUCCCUCUCAGGAUGACAUAUUCAAUGAUAAGGGUCAUUCCAACAAGUCAAGUAAUGAUAAUAAGGAAUCCCCCAAGGCAAUCUUUCAGGUUCAACUCGUUAAGAAACCUUUAUGGACAAGUGUAAAAGAUCACCAACUGCAUGUUAGAGGUGAGGGAGAUCACAUACAAGAUAAAGAUCAAACAGAUCACGCACAAGAGAAAGAUCAAAGAGAUCAAUUACAGCAGAGAGAUCAAAGGGAUCACACCCAAGAGAAAGUUCAAACGGAAAACAUCCAAGAAAAAGAUAAAAUUCAAGAUAGAAAAUAUCACAAACAAGAGAAUGAUAUCGAAGCAAAACUAAGUGAUGCAAAGUUUUUUCGAAGUUAUAAGAAAGCACUUCCAUAUGAUUUGAAAAGAGACCCAGAGACAAAUAAUAUGAAAAUUCCUCCAUAUGAUAUUGGAGUUGCUGCAAAUGAUGUAAAAGAUCAUGAUAUGAAAUCUCAUGAAGAUGAUAGGAAAGUAGCUAAGUGGCCACCGGAGUUAAAAGAUGUUGGGACUGAUCUCAAUAACACUACAGACAAAAAGAGUUUGGUACACAGUCUUUCUCUUAAAUUCCAAAAGUCGAUUGAAAAGCCCGAAAAAGCUGAACAAGAUACUGGAAUUGGUAAUCUGAGGAACACGUUUGAACGAUUAUCAUCCAAAUCAUCUGAUACAAGAAAUAAAACCCUACCAAAUCUCAAAAAGAUUGGACAAAAUAAGAAUUCCAUGGGUUCAGCCGAGGAAAAUGGAAGUGGAUUUAUAGAUAGUCCAAUUACAUUGAUAUUAUAGCAAGAAACCCAUAAAAUUUAUUUGGAGUUCUUUAAUAUCGAAAGCUUGUAAUUAAAGGACCUGGUACAAAUCGAGAAAAUACCAACUUUUUCAAACAUGCCUGUUCAGUAGCUCCCAAAAUGAGUAAACUGAUAAUGUUAGGUCACAUCACCAUUGUUUCAUUGUUUGAGAACAAAUAUAAAUGUUGCAUAACCUAUACAUAUUGUUUACACAUUCACGUCUCGUGAAUUCACAAAUAAAAGGUCUCCAACUCUUUAAAGACUUUUCCCCAGAACUUAUUGAUUGUAGUACUAGAUAUUAUCAAUCUUUUUAGAUUCUUUUGAAUCCUGCUCCGAUAAUUUAAUCAGGACUUAAGAUCAUUGUUAUAAUUAUCAUUAUUAUUCAAGAUUUUAAAUAUAUUUUUGUUCUAUCGAUUAUUAUUAUGCUGAAGUUAUAUAUAAAUAUUAUGAUACGGUCGACUCAUUAUUACAUUGUCUGUCUAUAAAAUACAAUUAUGUGUGCAGUAUAAAUUCUUCUUAGAACAGAACCCAGCCUCAGCAAAUAUCAACAUCAAGGUAGAACAGAGGUCAAUUUUAAGGAAGAUCUUGUUAUUAUGAUUAUGCAGUUUCAAGAUUUUAAAUAUAUUUUUUGUCAAUCGAUUAUUAUCAUUCAGAAGUUAUAAUAUGUACAAGUGUUAUUAUACUUUGGUUAUUAGAAAGUCUUUGAAAUACUGUACAUUUGAUUCAGUACAUAGUCUUAACAAAAUACCAGCAUUAUGUAAGAAGAGUUUGGUCAAUUUGAGAUAUUUCCUGUAAAAUUUCAUUUUAGUGAUUUGUAAUAUUUAGGAAUGGUUCAAACCCUUUUGAGAUUACAAAAAUGACACAAAAUUAUAUUUUCCAACAUAGUAUUCACUCUGUUUGUUGUGAUAAACUAGAAAAAAUAUUUUUUCUUGAUAAAUAUAU